AUGAACAGGCAAAUCCAGCACGAUGAUCACAUCACAGAACAGAAUAAACUGCUUGAUCAGCUUCAUUCCUCAGUUAUGAAUACACGCCACUAUGCCGUGUCCAUCGGUGACGACCUUCGCGAGCAGGAUGGCAUGUUGGAUGGCCUUCACUCUGGAGUGACACUCGCAGCGGAUGAGAGCCGCCGCCAAAACAGCAAUGUCAUGCGGCUGCUGAAGGAAAGCGAAGAGAAGGGCUUCUGUGUAGCUGUCAUUGUGCUGGUGUUGAUCAUGUUCCUGCUUUUAGUCAUUUAG